CGCGCCCGCGAUGCCUUCCAUAUUCGAAAAUUUGAAUUUAUAGGUUCCUUAUCGUGUCGGUUUACCAGUACCUAUUGCAAAAUAUCAAUUUUAAUACUUUCCCGUUGGCAUAAAUUUUGCAUUGUUUUGAAUAUAAAUUGCGAUAGAUUCGGAUAGUUGGCGUGUUAGUGAUAGUAUGGGUUCGACAAGUUACGUCACAAAGCCGAAGUCUACAGGCUACCGAGUGAAGAGUGGUUCCAGUGUGGGUUCUGACAAAGAGAUGAGCGCCAAGUUGAAGCGCACUAAAAUUCGGCGGCCAAGUAAGAUGAACGAGUAUGGGUUGAAGAGGAUACCUGAUUACACCGAAUUGGCUUACAAAGAAGCGGUGUCGAAACUACGGUACUUCUUGUCUGGGAAUUACGCGCCGAGUGUACGUAGUUACGGCGGUUCAGCAUCAGUGAAGAACUUGGACGAGUCGGAUGGCGACUUGGACAAGAAGUACACAAGUUCCUAUACUCUCGCGGAGUACAAGCCGCGGCCGCGCCUCACUACCAAAUAUGCCACUCUGUAUGCCGAUAGCCUGAACAACUACACACCGCCACACGUUAAUACGACCUCCGUGCCUCCAGCUACUGCGACCGCUGGUGACGUCACAGGCGGGACGAACCCUGAUGUCAUCAACUUCAUACAGAAGCAGGAGGAGUAUAUAGAACAACUUGAGAGAGAGAGCCAGUACUGCAGGGAUGAACUGAACAACCUGCUAGGCAAGGUCAAGGAGGUGAUCUCAGAGAACGAGCAUCUACACGAGGCUCAGAAGAACAAGCUGAUCUCUCGCAUGUUUCAUUCUUAUAAUGGAUCCGAGAGUGACGACCUGGAUGAGUUGGGGGACAGCACUGGACUGGACAGCGAUAAUAAGACAACUCCGCUGAAAGCUCGGAAGUCUGCAAAGGCACGUUCCACCAGACUGGAAGGACCCAACAUUGUGUUCGAGUCGCGCAUCGCCGAGCUGGAAGCUCAACUUACACAAUCUAAAAUCGAUCUAAAGAAGGUUCAGGAAGAGAAUAAUGAGAACAAGCGCAAGUUGGCCUCUGGGCUGGUUGACUCAACCUGCCUCGACGGCUUCAAGCGCCAAAUUGACAACCUGCAGAGGGACAAGUCUUCACUGGAGUCUCAGAUAUCGAAGCUAAAGUUAAGCUUGGAGCAACGAGACGAUGAUGGGCGGUACAAACGAGGGUCGGAUGCAGUGGAACACCAGCUCAGGGAGGAACGGAACAACUUGGAGGCUGAGUUGAGGCGGCUUAAGGAUGACCUAGCUAAGGAGCGCAGUAAGGUCCGCGAGCUAGCCGGUGAGGGCGCGCGGCGAGCUAUACAGGAGCGCAGCGCCGCCGAGCAGCGAUACAACGCACACUUCGACGAGCUGCAACACGACCUCGCCGCGCAAUAUGACAAUGUCGCCAAGUUACAGUUGGAUUUGGAGCGCCAACGUCGUGAAGAGAACGAACUAAAACGAGAACUGUCAAUGAAGAACGCUGCCAUCGAUGAACUUAAGAUGGAGCUGAAGAACAAAAUUUCAUCUCUCCAAGCGGAUCUGGCUCAGGCUCAUGCAGAGAAGGCUUCUCUGGAAGAAGAGCUGGCUAGCGCUCGCUUGGCGAUUGAAAGACAGCAACGUCAGGCUAAACAUGAGACCAAUCGUCUCAACUCUGAAAUCCAGUCUCUUCGUCAACGCCUGGACAGAGCUGAUGCCGACUUGGUGCACUCACGUCGCGAGAACCUUCGUCUCUCUGAACAAAUUUCUAACCUGGAAAAAGAGCAAACAAUGAAGAACUUGACCCCGAUAUCGCCGGAGAAGAACAAGAAGGAGAAGGAACUGUCCACGAUGCUGGAGUCGAUGGAAAACAAACACGCUAAAACGGUGGCUGGGUUGGAGUCCAUGAUACAAUCACAAAACAGUCUGAUGGAGAAACUCACCGGCGAAUGUCGUUUGCUCACAGACAAGCUCGACGACGCAAAUCGUAGGCACAAGCAAGAACUGGCCACUCUGCAGCGUCAAGUAAACGGCCUCUCACGUUCGAUGCAGUCCCCACACAACACGCCUAGCAAUUUUCAAGCACAUCCCCCGCACCAGACCACAACCGACAGAAAUGUACCACAUCCCCCGUCCGACAGCGGACGAGACUAUUCCGGAACUGAGUCCCCCGGACACACCACACACGGACCGGACGAACGAAUCACAACAGUCGACCGAGACGAUCCCUACGAAACUACAGGAAUAGAUAAAACUGCCUAUCAACAAGAAGAACACCACGACCAACAAAUAGAAGAAAAUGUAGUAGACAUUAAACCAAAAGAAACAGAAUAUCAAGAAGCUGAACAUUUUGAAGAGGAAGAAAUGCCUAAAGUACAGACAGAAACGAAAGAAGAAAUAAAAGAAGAACCAGAGAAACCGAUGGAAGUAGAACACACAGAAGCAUAUGAAACACAACAGUAUGAGUAUGAUCAGAAUUACGAACAAACACCGGCUACGGGCGAUGCUCAAUACGAGAAUCAGUUUGAGAAUUACGAACAACAACCAUACGCUGACCAGCAAUAUGAAAACUAUGAACAAUAUCCUCAAGAAGCAGUUGAUCCUAAUGCGCAGUAUCAUCAGGAAUAUGAAAAUUACCCAACAGAUGGGAACUAUACAGAUCAAAAUUAUGACACAACUCAGUAUGCUGAGGGAUUGACAGAAGCUGCACACGAUGGAAGCAAAAUAGUACAGGACCAAAGUUACGAUGCUCAGUACGCCCAGGAAUAUCAAGCUGAUCAGAAUGCAAAGAUACAAAAUGAAAAAGUGCCUGAAAGUAUAAAGUCACAAGAGAAACCAUCUAGUCAAAGUUAGCAAUUUUAUUAGAUUUAAGUUAGUAUUCGUUCGUGCAAUAUUAUGUUAUUGGAAGGCUUGUUUUACGUUAUGUAUUCGUGCUAAUUUAAUUAUUGUAGAUAAAGCUUUCGAUGUUAGUCAUGUUAUAGUUGAUUAGAAAAUAUUAAAAAACAUGGAAAAAAACUACAAUUGAAAUUAUAGAACACCUGCAGAUGUAUGAAGGAAAUUUUAAGGUGACUAGCAAGCUUGUGGGUAUAUUUGUAGAGAAUUCAAUUAAUGUUGUCUUAUACAGUUGCCCAGUUAUAAGUAAAUAUAUUCUGGGCAACGAUAUGGAUUAUAUUUUACAUGAUAAAACUUUACUUAAGUCCGGAUUCUCAUUAAUUUAUGUUCAAAAUUAUCUCCAAGUGACGUUCGUUGCUAAAAAAUGUCCAAACAGUUACCAAUCUAAUAGAGAAGAAGCAAUUUUAACAAAAUAAUUAAAUUAUUUUUGCUCAAUAUAAUUUUUAUA